AUGCCAGCUCACGUGGUCGAAAAUAUGCACCCAAGCACACCUCUUAAGCUCGAUUCCUUUGCGCAAGAACUGCACGAUCACCCGGACAAAUCAUUCGUAGCAGCCAUUUUAUUUGACAUUUCUCAUGGGGCUAACCUUGGAUUUCGCGGCAAGCACUACCCAAGAUCUACACGCAACGCCAAGUCCGCUCGCAUCAACCCCUCUAUCAUCACAGAAUCAAUCCAAAAAGAACUCAAACUUGGUCACACUAUCGGACCAUUUAAACGUCCUCCCCUCAAAAACUUUGUCUGUAAUUCUCUUGGCCUACGGCCUAAGAAAAGUGGGGGUUUUCGCAUUAUCAUGGAUCUCUCCCAACCUACACUUGACAGCGUCAAUGACAAUAUCUCAAAAGAAGAUCAUUCAUUGGUCUACUCACGCAUCGAUGAUGCUGUAGCCUUCAUUCACAAGCAUGGCCAUGGCUCCUUACUCGCAAAAAUCGAUGUUAAACACGCAUUUCGCUUAUGCCCAGUUCGGAAGGAAGACUGGCACCUGCUCGGGUUUUUUUGGGAAGGAUGCUAUUUCUUCGACCGUGUGCUGCCAUUUGGGCUUCGCUCAGCACCAUACCUCUUCAACCGCAUUGCUGAUGCCAUUCACUGGAUCGUUAGUCAUCGCGCAAGGAAUACGGAUUUUCUACACUACCUAGACGAUUUCCUGACAGUUGGACUGGCAAACACUAACGCCUGCCAGCACAAUAUGGAUGUUAUGCUGCAAAGUUGUCACCACUUGGGGGUACCCAUUGCUACAGAAAAGGUUGAGGGUCCCUGCUCUGUCAUCACCUUUCUAGGGGUGGAGCUUGACACUGUCAACAUGGUUAUUAGACUACCUAAGGACAAGCUUGCGGAUCUACUUAUCAAGCUGCCAAGCUGCUUGACCCGCCAUACAUGCUCGAAACGUGAAUUGCUCUCCCUCAUUGGAUGCCUCAGUUUCGCAUGUAAGUGCAUACCAGCCGGCCGCAUCUUCCUGAGGCGCAUGAUUGAUAUCAGCAUGACAGCCACCAGUCUUUCUCAAGUCAUAACACUCACUGACGAAUUCUGGCACGACGUUCAAUGGUGGUGUGACUUCUUGCCAUCUUGGAACGGCACAGCAUCCCUCCUCAACCCAAACUGGAUACCGUCCCCAGAAUUCGAACUGUUUACAGACGCCUCAGCAACACUUGGCUACGGGGCAUUCUACAAGGGUCAUUGGUUCACAAACACCUGGCCUACAUUCAUUACAAAUGACCCUUUAUACUCUAUUGCCUGCAAGGAACUUCUACCAAUUCUACUAUCUUCCUUAAUUUGGGGCCACUUGUGGUUUGGUCUUCGAAUACGGUUUCACUGCGAUAACAUAUCAGUUGUCCAAAUAUGGAAAAAAGGCUCCUCAUCAUGUCCACGGAUCAUGCAACUUGUCCGACUGCUGUUCUUCACUGCAGCAUCUAAUAACUUUCACGUCAUGAUCUCACAUAUCUCAGGGUUUAAUAACGAUAUCGCUGACUCUCUCUCUCGCCAACAGAUAUUGCGGUUUCAACGACUGGCACCUCAGGCAGACAGGGUCCCAACCAAAACUCCGGACCUGUGCACCCUCUUAACGGCUCCGAUGUGCGACGUAGUCCCGUCAACCUCACACAACAAGCCUGCCACUACAUCAACCUGA